GCGUUAGGCGUUCGACGAUAAAGGUUUUUGGGGAAGCUUUGAGUUUUUUUUUCUUCUUCACUGGUUUCGAUUUGUUUGUGUGUGUUGCGCGUUUCGGUUGAAACCCCCAUUUUCUCAUCCCCCUCGUUGGAAACAUUACGCGGUGUCAUUGAGGGGAUGAGGGCCUCUAAAAACUGAAACGAACUCCGCGAGCGUUUGUCGCACAGUGUAGAUUAAGAAUUUUGUGUGUCGUGAAAACAAUUAGACACAUUUUAACCGCACAGGCGUCGUAUCUUCGUACCUAAGAAUGAAAAAUAGCAAGUGGCCACGAAUUGAAGUGUAGCAAGACGAGCGAAUGUAGGACGAAGUUCGGCAGAGUUUUCCGACAGUCCGUGGCCAGGAUCGCGGAAAGCUAACACGUUCCGUGUUUCGGAAUGAGAUGGGAUCUAGCGCGAGACUAAGCGAGGCAAUGCCGUCCCACUGCUGGACAGUGUGUUUCUUAAACAGUGUGUUUCAAUCGAUAAACUUGAGUUCUCGUAUCCACUCGGACACGUACGGCACAACAGCUGGCUGGCUAGAUUAUGUUACGUUCGACUGCAUUUUGAUAACAAUGCGCUGAUAGGAAAAGCGCACCAUUUUUCUCCAUUUUUGUGUGGAUUUUCGGUCAUUGCACUGCGUAUCCGUUGGGAACGCAGCAGCGAGUCGAAGCUGCAUCUAUCGAGUUUUGCGAAACUUUAAAUACACGAACUAAAAUCAACGUGAAUCCUCGUAUAGACGUCGGUUUAUAAAGUGGUAUUAAUAAUGUAAAGGUAUUGGGUCAUUGGCAGGGCAGCACGGUGGCAGGUUUGCUGCGGGAAUCUACUGACAACACUUCGCCGAUCGGUUGACGAUGAUGGCGUUGAGGACGUCGUCAUUCCACGUUCGUUGUUGAGUUGUGCCUGUGUUUAUUGAUUAUUGGAUAUGCCGUAGUGUGAAACAUCCCGAACCACGUGGUAGAAACGUAUCAUCCAACCAGCAACAAAGAAAAAGCCUUUGCGUAUUUCGCGUUAUGAAUUCGUGUCUUGUGUUUUUACUCUUAUUUUGCUUUGACCAUCGGUGUGUCUCUGUACAUGUCCAAAUUUCAUGGCACUUACUCAACGGCAGUAGAAGGUAGAAGUAGAAGAAAGGCAAAGAGUGGAUUUUAAUUUCCGGAUCCAAAAAGGUGAACCUUAAGAACCUGCCAUGUGUGUGUGUUUGUUUGUUUGUGUGCUGAGAAAUGGAUUCCUCUGGCCGUUUUGCGUUUGUACAAUACGAAUAUCUACAAAUGAAGGAAAUGAUUAUUAGAAAUGAAGCUAAAGCAGCAAUGCAAUCUCCAUCAAAUUUCAAUUAUAAGCUAGCCAACAAGCUUGGCACCACUUUUGGAGUCCAGUGAGUUUUGAUGGAUUUCCCCCGUGACGGCAAGAACGACGAUGAUUGCAAAGGCCAAUCAUGAGCCAAUAGGGGGAAAACAAAAAAUGGCCAACAUCGUAAUGAGCAAAACAUUAGCAGGGAUGAUGAUUAUUGGGGAAAUUGUAAAUUCUGCAAACCACCUCAACACAACGCCAAAGCAAUGCAAAGUGGAUCCUUGGUUGUUGCGCUUCCAUCUUCAAAGGAGAAAAUAUUUUCAUUGAUGUAUCAUCCUUCAGAAUAUUGAGACCGACGAGGUCGAUGUUGAAUCGUUUCGUUCAAUCAAUGCCGUGCAUCCCAACAGCAUCGAAAGAUAAAUACAACACUAGGUGUAGUGCUAAAAGCUUAUGUUCUAUUGAUUAUGAUCUGGCACACUAUAGUUGCUCUGCUGCUUCAUGUUUUCCAGCAAAUGUGUUAGCUUCAUAUGCGCUCCAGUGUUCGAUUGUAGGUUAACGUUUGUGUUUGUUGUUUUACAGCAUGCGAUGGUGUGCGGUGGUAAAGGCGUAUGUAACGUGAGUGCAAGUUUAUUGUGUUCGCUCAAAUCUGAUGCGUUGUGUGGUUCACGAAGCAAGUGCAAUCGAAAGCAAUAUUUAUAAAUAUAACGCAAAGUGGUACAUAAUUGUGUGCAACAGUGUGUCAAUGAGUGUGCUGAGCAGCGGUGUGUGGAGUCGAGCCGAGCCGGAGAUUGGCACUGGUUAACCAUAUCGCCACAAGGAAAAAGGAAGCUGACACUACAAGCGACGAUUGUAUCAGCAGUAACAGUGUCGCUACGUGACAUAAACGUUCAAGCUGUUCCUGUGCGGUUGUUAUAUUUUUGAACGGGGGGCCAAACAUAGCAGUACGGAAGGUCUCAGGAGUGCCCUAGCCCGUCUUCGUAGGUCGGGCCCACUCCCUAACCCUUCCAGUUCCGAACAUAUUGAAAGUGUUGAACGAUCCUCCUCACCCUUCCGAUGUCGUCGAGAACGAGAUAACUGCCGAUCUCCGCCUCCAACCCCGGCACCACCUCCUUCAACGCCCCGGAAAAAUAAAGGUAAACGACUUCCCCUUUACUCUCCAGGGAAACGAACUUUCUACGUGCCCCCCGAUGCCAUGACAGUGUCCGUUUCCCAGCCGCAGCAGCCGAUUGAAAGCGUCCACUGCGGUCCCUUGACGGCCAACUACAUUGUACCUUCUGCCACAUCCUCCACCACUUCAUCAUCGUCACCGCACGCCAUCGUGGAUGCUGUCGCCAGUACCUCGAUGGCACUGUCUACGGCUACGAUGUCAUCCUCUGCGUCAUCCACCCCACACCAAGGAAGUCCGGGACACGGGCGGACAAAUGCAACGGCUCGCGGCAGUCCCGAACCUGAUGCGUCCCAGGCAAACCACUCACACACGUCCACACCAACGUCCGCCCUACGAAGACUCUACUUUAAGACGGCUCGGGCAAGCAAAGCGGCCAAAACGGCGGCUACGGCAGCAACCACGGCAACGGCUGUUGCUGCCGCAGCCGCCAGCUCGUCAACCGUGCCGAAGGUAGUCGUUAUGGGGUCGUCCACAACGUCCGAAGCCACCAUUAACACCUCUACCGAUUCAGCCUCGACGCACAUCACCAACGUGACGACAACAACGGACACGGAGACUAACGAUUCACUAGACCUAGGCGAUGUUUCUGGACAAAGCGACCCAUUGUUGAGUUCGCUCGAGGACGAAAGCUCCAGCAUUAUCGCGCUGAGCCAAACAGCGGGCAAUGAGGAGGAUGAAAACAUCACCGUCAUUAAUGGACCCGACACUCCAUUACUGAUUAGCUAUCAGGAACUGGAAGAUAUGUCUCCUAGAUCUCCCAUGUUUUCGCCGCGCGAAUCGCCAAAAAUCAAUGCGGGAGCAGCAAACCGUGUGCAACAACCACGCACAGCACCGGUUUCGUCGAAUGCAACCCGCUUUCCAUUCGAUCCACCCAUCUCACCGAAAACGUACAGUGGGGGUGUUAGCCGUGGCGAUGUUGCUUCGUUCGCCCGCACACACGAAACCAUGUUUAGCUUCGAUGAAUCACCAAACCCAGUUAGGCGUCCGCCACCAAAAAUGCCACCCUCCUCGGUCGAACACACACCCGACCAUUCUCCAAACACGGUUGAUACCGUGUCAUCUGCCCAGGAGCAGAUCGUUAGCGCAUCGAUAGCAAAGGAACGCGUUCCGGACGUAGCGCAGCCUCCGAAGCAACUCGUGGAACCGACACAAUCGUCCACAUCCACGCCAAAGCGAUUAAUGAAUAGCUUCAAAACUCGUAAGGAACGACUCGUACAGCAGGCGGGCAGUGCCGUUGCAGCGGCUACAGCUGCAGUUACGUCCGCCGGUGCAUCGGGAAAACAGUUUAAGAAUCCUAACUAUGAUCCUGAUCUAACAAUGUUUCCAUUCGACCGGGAAGCAAUUGAUUACGAUCGCAUCCAGCGGGAAUGUUUUGCCGUAGAAGAGGAGCUUAUGUUUGAACACGAUCGCCGUAGUGACGAGGACUAUCGGACUGCCGGUGCCGUUGGUUGUGGCGAGUCACCGUCGAAAGCACUGUUCGAUGCCGAGAUCUUUAGCGAUCAUUAUUCGAUCUUUCAGCAGUACGCCUAUCUAUCGCAGCAGGAAACCCGAGAUACACCGAACGACCGCAACGCGACGCCUUCCAAGCGCAACCGAAUGGCGAGUACAUCCGAUGCAUUUUCACCCCAGCGUCGAAACGAUCACACGGCGUCCGGUUCGGGGGCAACCGUUCAUCCGCGGCUUUCCAAGUUCGAUCAGAUCGCCACCAAGUUCGACAUGAUGCCGUCAAAGUCUGGGGGUGCAGCGGCAGCGACACAACAUCUAGGCUGCGGUACACUUCCGGAUUUACGCGUCGACUACUUCGCGGAAACGUCAUGCUGUUCCGUUGCGGGAAUUUCCGGCUCAUCGAACGUAGAAUCGACGAGCGAAAGCGGCAAAGCGCGUGCGUCGUCUCCGGCAUCGAUCGCGCCCUCUGGUGGUGGUGGCCUCCGUACGAUGGAAGUCGUUGGCACAGGCGCACUGGCCGCCGGUGCUAUAAAUGUUACGCCAAACCCGAUGGAAGGAGCAGUUUGUACACAACCGCGGGCGACAAUAGUCGUACAGCAACCCUCGCUCAGUCUGGACUACACAUCCGUCGAAACGAUUCUGCUGAAAAAUGAAGGAGACUUUAUCAGCGUCGGCGAACAGGGUACGAAAGGCGAACUACAAUCGACGCAAAGGAAAAAACAGCAACGAGAGGAACACAUGCGCCAAUUGCUGGACGUGACCAAUACGCUCACUACGGAGGAAAUUAAGGAUUUCGAGAUGAGAUAUGGUAGUCCCCAUCAUAGCCGAUCCCAAUCGGUCAAAACUCCCGGAAGUAGAGCAUCAGGCCGUCCAAAUCAACUAUGCCUACCACAGCAGCGUUCGAGAGUGGCUUCCAUGCCGAAUACAGGAGUCGAAGAGGAAUACUACCGACUUAGGCAUUUUUCCAUUACUGGAAAAGGAGUCGUCAAUCGGGGCGAUUCGUUGAAAAGCAGACGAAGCAAAUCAAAUACUAGUGUGGCCAGCUCAAAUUCCAGUACUGAACAUCUAACUCCUGCCGCCGGAGCCGUUGCCGGUUCUGCCCGCACAUCAGCAACGUGUAGUUUGGCAUCUAGUCGAGAAAGCAGCACAUCUAAUCCGGCAUCCGGACCGUACAAGGUACUGAUGCUCGGUGGACCAGCCGUUGGUAAAAGCUCAUUAGUUUCACAGUUCAUGACAUCGGAAUACCUGCAUGCAUAUGAUACUAGCAUAGAUGAUGACUCGGGAGAAAAAACGGUUUCCGUGCUUCUCAGUGGAGAAGAAUCCGAACUAACGUUCAUCGACCAUAGUUACACCGAGAUGGCGCCCGAAAAUUGCAUGUCUACAUACGACCCGCACGGUUAUUGUGUGAUAUAUUCGUCGACGGAUAAGGAAACCUUCCUCAUAGCGGAGCGCGUUCUCCAAAUCCUUUGGACGACCGAAAACAUCGCCCAAAAGGCAGUGAUACUGGUGGCCAACAAGGCAGACCUGGCACGAUGUCGUGUGGUGACGUCUGAUGAGGGUAAAGCAAUGGCCACACAGUAUGAUUGUAAAUUUAUCGAAACAUCCGUCGGAAUCAAUCACAAUGUAGACGAAUUGCUGGUGGGACUUCUCUCCCAGAUAAGAUUGAAAUUGGAAAACCCGGAAAAAUCAAGGGAUCUUUUCCGGAAACGAUCGAUUCGGAAAUCGAAACGUCGAGCCUGUUCGCCAUUGGGCGGUGCCAUCUGUUUAGCCGGCAUCGGUGGCAACACGAAUCCCAGCACUCCAGUUUCAGGACCACCGGCUAGUGGUGGCGGUUUCGUCGACACCCCGCCGGGAAGUGCGCACAGUAGUCCUAGGAAAUAUCGAGGAUCGCGAACAUCCGCUAGCCUUAAGGUGAAAGGGUUGCUCGGCCGUGUCUGGGCUCGUGAUUCGAAAUCCAAGAGCUGUGAAAAUUUGCAUGUACUGUAAAUUUCCUUCAUGAGCUCUCGAUUUCGUCUCGUAAAACGAGCAUAUAUCCCAGCGCAACACAAUCGAACUCGGACGGCUUAGUGCUGAUACAAGUGUCCACUAAUCCGUCUGACGUUUGGUUCGAUUGCUUUGCUCUUGCUGGGAAGGUGAACGAUUACGCGCAACACUGAAUGAUGUCCUCCGGGUUCUCAUUCCAAAGAUUCCGCGAGCAACCAUAUGAUUCAGUAUAGUCCGCUGUCAAUAAGUUAACGGAAUCCGUAUGUUUAUUGUUUCCCUGUUCUAAACUUUCUUCCUCAGUAAACGUACCCAACACUAUACGUAUGUAUAUGCACAUUUAACAACAUUCGAAUAGUGACGUUUUAGGGACAUGUACUCGUCCUAAAGUUCCUAAAUCUGUGUGUAACCUAAAUGGCAACCCAUUCACAAGGGACCCAAUGUGGGGAUUGUGCCCUCCAGACAAACUUAAAAGAGCUACUGUAAAGCGCAAAGAAGGCGACAAGUAUUAUUAUAUGCUAUGCUCAUAUCGUGUAAGUUUAGCGCACAUGUUUCACUGCAAAAUAAGUUUCGCCUGACACCAUUUCUUGCUGAUCCAAAUGUAUCACUAUUUUUUUUGUGCAAAAGUGCACCAAUUCGUAACACUGAGUUGAUUUUUUAAAUUUUUACCAUUAAAUCUUAUCUACUGUAAACCGCUACUGCAUGGAAAAACGGACAGGUAUCGCACAGGUGACAGCAUCUGAUUUGAUGAACAAACAUCAUCUCACUAGCAAACGGUGAACAAUAAAAGAAAAUAUAUCAUUAGAUCAACGAAAUGAAGCAAAACAGAUUGCAACACAAGCUGGAAGUAGCGUUCUGGUUGAGUGGGAAAAGUGCCUUUUCUUAGUUUACCCCAUUUACGUUAUGAUUGAUCGAAACUGUGUUGCCCCCGUUUAAGUUUACUCGUAAACAUCCCAUUAAUGAUGUCUAUUUGGUUAACUUAUAUUAAAAUCCCUUCAAAGGAUGCAGUAAAAGUUAUUUGUGGGCAAAAAAUAAAUAAAUUUCAUAUUUACCGGGGUACAACAAGAUGAAAUCGCAUACAACGAAUGCGAGUAAAUAAUAGCUUUCAAUUGAUGGACACAGUUGAUAAUCAAAUCGGCACAAAAGACACACACACACAAAAGUUGUUAACAGUGUUUCAAACUUUGCUCAGACGUUUAACUUGGUAUCACACAUAACUACGCAUUGGCUGGCCACUGGCCACAGCGUGUAGAAGCGAAAUUUUCUUCCUGGCAGUUACACUUCUUACUCGUUUUAUUCUCCUUGAACGUACAUUUAGGGAUUUCAAAGUUUUCUUAGAACAAUAGUUAGUUUUGCAUUUGUCCGAGUUAAGCAACAAAUUGCGCUCUAGACGAUAGACCUAUAUCAACAACAAAUGUAUAAGAAAAAAAAGGGGCGUACAAACGCACAAUUGACCAAACACGAAUCAUAAUACACCACAAGUAAGGUAGGGAAGUAAUAACAUUUUGACAAGUGCAGCAUAAAAAUUGAUAACCUGUUCUGGUCGUGUGAAGUUUUACCAGCGGCGGCGUACAUUUUGAACGAUUUGCGCACAAAACAUCAUUCGAGUUCCGCUUCCACCAGGGUAGCUAUAUAGGUAGUGUUAGUACGAAUCGGAUGAGCGUUUUGAAGCAAUUACACAUGCACUCAGUACCAUUUCCUAGCCCGAGUCCUGCCUUGUUUUUUGUAGAGAGUAUUACUGCGGGGACAGAAGAUAGUAAUGAAUCAAACAGAAGGGUGCAGUUUUUUACAGCGGAAUUAAACCGAAAAAAAACAAAGCUGUUCCCAUUAGUAACAUUAGUAUACACAUACCCACAUAGAGCGAUGAACCAGUAUUUCAUUAUAGUGUAAAUCGGUACACAUUAACGAAAUGGGUGAGUAAAUGGCCAGUAAACAAAAAAAAAAUAUGAAAACCUAGAACGCAAUAGAUUUUUUUCGAUAGAAUUUUUACACCGUACCAAAAUUUAACGAUCAAAAAACGUUUACAAGUGCUCGCGCGCUACAAACAUUAAUAAAUCAAUCAUAAAAUGCAUAGAAGAAGAACAUAGAAGCAAACAUACCGUAGAUACAUAUAUUCAAACCAAGUGGUUACACGGGCCAAAGAAGCCGUUCUCGAACGAAUAGUGCAGUGUAGUGUGUGGUGCAAAAGGUACAAUAAUUAGGCGCUAGCUCACGCCAGUCUUAAUAUUGACAACAGUAUCAAAAGCAAUUGUUUAAGAUGUAUCAGUGGAACAGUUUCCUUAUGCUCCAGCCCCCCUUGGCCCCUUCGGUCCUUUAACUCGACGUGUUUAGAUGUACGCACAAUGUAUGCACAAUGUAUCAACAUUAUCAUUCCGUUUAUGCGUCCCAUUAUCAGAUUUUUAACUUAAGUCUUGACGGAAUUAAGUUGCAGAUCUAAUACUGGUCCGGCGUGUUCUAGUGUAGCUUAUUUUGUCACGCGCGACACACGCUCAAAUCAAACGUGUGAUGCAGUGAUGAAGAAUAACCUUUAGGUACUUUCUAUGACGAAUUCGCGUGACUGUGGUGUAAGCAAUAUUUAACGUCGUUGUUUCAUGAUCAGAUGUUUAGGGCGUUCUUCACAUUAACAUGUAAUCAGUUGCUCUUUAUGUUAACGUCGUGCCGUAGGACGUAAGAUCGCGUAAGGAGCGCAAUCAAACACAGCACAUCAUUGGUAUCUGAAUGUGAUUUGCACUACAUGUGGACAAACAGGACAGUGCACAGAUUAGUAAGGUUGAGAUUUACACAUAUAUUCAUUUUCGUCGUCCCUCCUGCGUUCCUGUGUGUCCUCCGGGAAGGAAACGGACAGACGAAAGCAAGCGUAAAGUAAUGCAGUGUGUGCGGAGGUAGCUAGUUAGGGAAGCAAUAGCGCAACAGUGCAUAUUGUUCGAUGCGAUGAAUCGUGUUGGGUCCAGCAGCAGCAAAAACAAAAAACGGAACAUACGAACCAUUUUUUAAAACAAACACAUCAUGGAUUCUUGCUGUUUCUAAAAUAAAGUUUAAGGUGUAAAACUA